AUGACUAUUGCUGGUAGUAGCGGAUCUGGCUGUCAAGAUCGAUGCUGUGGUAGUAAUAAAGGACAUCCAGCGAACAUGCCUGACCCGGAGACGCUGGCCAAAAUGCAAAAACAAUAUCAGAUGCAGCUCCAGAUGGCAGGCCGAAUGAACCAAAAUCAUCUCCAGAAAAGUGCCGUCACUCCGUCGUCAUCGGUGUUUAUUCCCGUCGAAGAGGACGAUUUAGACUGA